AUGUCAUUGAUGUUCAAGGACACCGACUUGUUGAUAGACGAACACCCUUUAGAGUACUCUAUGAUUAAAAUGGAGCCAUACGACGCCAGCCACGUUUUAUACGACUCUCACCAGCGCCUGGCUUUUACUCGCCAACUCCAACAACAUCAGGACAACACCAUCAACAAUCGAGUUGUCCUUGAAGGGGAUCAUGGCUUUGGCAUGGGUAUGAUGGGCCUGGUGCCAUCCAAGCCAUCUCAGUCGUCAGACUCGGGGCUGCCGCCAUCUUCCGCACAGCUGAAGGCAUCGACGGAUUAUUCCAGGCCCUAUUUGAGCAUCUACAUGAUGCCAUCCGAACCCACAAGCUCCUCAGACGGCUCGUCGUUGCCCCAGUCGGCAUCGAGUCAGUCGCAGCGUGAGUUGAUCGCUCAUGAAGCUGGCUCACGAGACUCGGAAGACGGAUCGCGGCAACAGCAGCAGCAACAGCAGAGGACAGUGACGGAGUUCGGUAAAGCCAACUCCUCGCACCAACACGCGAUUACAAGACACGCGAUUACAAGACACGCGAUUACAAGUGGCGCCAAUGAAGAGCCACCUCUGCAAGGACCCAAUAUUUCCCAACUGUCGGACAACAACCCUUUCUUCACUAAUGCAUCUUCACCAGCAUUGUCGUCCACAGCAGUAGGACUCACCACAUCCUCUUCACCUUUGUCUUUGUCUUUGUCGUCGCCUAUGACAGAUAUGGUUGAGUCUCCCGAGGAGAUUGCAUUCAGGAGAGCGGAGCAAAACCGAGCGGCACAACGAGCGUUCCGUCAGCGGAAACAAAAGUACAUCAAGUGGCUGGAGAGCAAAGCCGAGGAGCUCGACGAGGUCUACAGGAUCUUGGCGCUUGUCCGGACAGAGAACCAGCAGCUGUGUAACCUUGUGAUGGAGUUGGAUGGCAAGUUGUCGCAUAGCAGAUCUGGCGCGCCAAAGGAUCUCAAGCGACUCUCGUCUCCUGCUAUCUUGGCGCUUGGACCGGCAUCAUCGACAUUUGAUCGAGACACGACAACUGCUGCUGCUGCUGCUAGCGCCACGACGGCUUUUGAAGGCGGAGCCACCAGCGACGGAUUGGGUGGCGAUCCAGGGAAGUGUAGUACCAUCCGGGGGAUAGAUGGAUCGCUUGGACGAGAGAUCUCGAUGCGUCUGAUGAACUUGGCCACCUUUUCUGGACUGGGUUCUAGCGCAGAUCAGGACGCGGCGAUGCUGCGAAAAUUGAAAUACCACCCUCGGUCGUCCAACAUCAGCAAGUCCUCGAGCGGCAAGAGCAAGAUGAGUCUGAAGGUCAGUCAACACUCCAAACGGCCGGGAACUGCACUCCACAACGCCUUUCAGUCGAGCACACUCCUCCUUCAACAACAACUCCAACAUCAGCAAAAGCAGCAACAGCAGCAACAGACGGAUGGUUCCUGGAUUAACAGCUCGCCCAUCUCUGGAUCUUCGCCAUCACUCUAUUCUCCUUCGCCGCCUUAUCCCGACGCACGGUCUGCUUUCGGUAAGAAACUCUCGUCCGUCAUGUUUGUUUUGUCAGUAUUUGUUUUGUUUGUUUUUGUAUGA